GGGGGGGGGCUGCAGGUGAUCGACGCAGAAUCAUCCAGCCCUUGUCCUGGUCAUGGCAAAGAUGAGCUGGACUGCUGGGACUCAGUGUGUGGCCAAAGGAAACCACAGAAAAGCCAAACCCGGAGAACUGGCUUAUCACAAAGGAGACAUCUUCACUAUAGUUGACAUUAGCACAAGGAAGGGAUUUUACAAAGCCAGACACAACAUCACAGGAAACGAGGGGCUCAUCAACUCCACCAGUGUUCGUGAAAGAGAGGCUCUACGUGUCGACCCCAGCCUCAGCCUCAUGCCCUGGUUCCAUGGGAACAUCUCUGGUCCAGAGGCGGUGUGUAAGCUGCAGCCAGCUGAGGACGGCUUGUUCCUGGUGCGAGAGUCUGUCCGCCAUCCCGGCGACUACGUCCUGUGUGUCAGCAUCUCUGGAGAGGUCGUCCACUACCGAGUGAUUUAUCAGGACAACAAGCUGACUAUUGACAACAUGGAGUUUUUCUACAACCUGAUUGACAUGAUCGAGUUCUACUCGAAAUACAAAGGCUCCAUUGCUACGACUCUUCUAAAGCCCAAAGAAAAACAAGGAGCCAAGUCAGCUGAGUUAGAGCUGUCCAAAACUGGAUGGCUGCUGGACAUGGCAAAGCUCACACUGGGGGAGACUAUUGGAGAGGGGGAGUUUGGUGCUGUACAUAAGGGAGAGUACAUGGGCCAGAAGGUGGCGGUAAAGACCAUUAAAUGUGACGUCACAGCUCAGGCCUUCCUGCAGGAGACAGCAGUCAUGACGAAGCUCCAGCAUAAAAACCUGGUGCGUUUGUUGGGCGUCAUUCUUCACAAAGGGCUUCAUAUUGUCACAGAGCUCAUGAGUAAGGGAAACCUUGUUAAUUUUCUCAGGACAAGGGGACGUUCAGUUGUCACCUCAGUUCAGCUGCUGCACUUUGCAUUGGAUGUGUGUGACGGGAUGGAGUACCUGGAGUCUAAGAAGCUGGUUCAUAGAGACUUGGCAGCUCGUAACAUCCUGGUCUCUGAUGACAGUGUGGCCAAGGUCAGCGACUUUGGUCUGACCAAGGUGGACUCCAAGGUGUCAGAUAAAAUCAAACUGCCAGUUAAAUGGACCGCCCCUGAAGCUCUGAUGAAAGAGAAAUUCUCCACAAAGUCAGAUGUCUGGAGUUACGGUGUUCUUCUGUGGGAGAUCUUCUCAUACGGUCGUCUGCCGUACCCGAAGAUGUCUUUGAAGGAGGUAAAGGAAAGAGUGGAGGGAGGUUAUCGGAUGGAGGCUCCAGAAGAUUGUCCUCCUAGCGUUUACUCCCUAAUGACUAUUUGCUGGGAGCAGGAGCCACGCAGAAGACCUGCUUUCCACAAACUGAGGGAGAAACUUGAGCGGGAGAUGGAGAAACUUGAGCGGGAGAUGGAGAAACACAGCCCGGGCCCUGGAGCGUCAGGAGGGGAUUAAGUCUGGAUCUUGUUGCAGAUCCUGGUCUUUAACUCCCAAUGGUGGAAAUAAAAGUGAUGACUCUUCGGCAGCUAACCCGCUCACUGUGCAUCACGCAAAAAGAUCCAGCGUAAAUGUUCCUUUACUCCCAGCAGUCCGAUUGGAUUCCUUUAAACUGGCGGAUAUGACAAGACGAUGGUUCUGGUCAUCAUGUAAUGCCAGAAAAGAUUUAAAAGAUGGAGGCAUGAACAUAGUUACUUCACUUCAGUGGUUCUGUGCAAAGCAAAAAUGGGUGAAUCAUAUCUUGACACGGUCAUUUUAAAACUGAGGCUGCAAUCAAAUGACUGUUGGAUGGAUUUUCAUGAGACAUCACUUAGGUGAUCUUAAGGACUGGAUGGAUUGCAAUGAAAACGUGUACACACGACUAAUCUGAACGUUCACCUUUAUGACCAGUCACCUUUAAAACCAUAGACUGUUUUUAAAGAUGGAUGAAAUGACAGCUUUCUAAAAUUGAAGCCAAAGCGACUUGAUCACCACCUGGUGGCCGGCUGCAGUACAGAUCAUAGAUCCCACCCCCUCCAUGUUAGCAGAUGUGAUAUGAGCCAAACUAAAAAGUCAAAGAACUCGUCAUAUUAUUGAUGUCAAAUAUGGUUUAUAUAUGGUCUGGAUAAAAAAGAGAACCAUCGUUAAAUGAUUGAUUUUUUGUUUAUUCUUAGGAUUUAUUGAAGUAAGAAAAACACAAAGCACCAGUUUCAUCCUUAAGCAAUAUUGUAAAGCAUCAUGAUAAUACAGUGGAGUGUUAUGGUGGUUUUUGAAAUGUUUUACAUUGAUUUUGAAUGUCAUGAUCACAUCUACACGAUCGUAAAAUAUAAUGCUUCAAAUGAGGAGUAAAAACUGAUUAUUUGCAGGUAAUGUCAGGGAGAGAUGUCAGAAAAAAGAUGAAGCAUAUGAAAUGAAGAAAGAAGAAAAAUGUUCAUCCGGAUUUAAUCACCAGAUCUCUACAAUCUGCCUGUACUCCAGCAUUAGGCUCAGCAAUAUGCCAUGGACUCAGGGCUUAGUCUGAAAAAUAUUUAAUGUCACUCAUGGUUGAUAACAAGUAAAGUUGGUUUUUAAAGACAUUUUGAAGUGUGGCUGCUCAUUAAUCUUUUAGUUAAUACAGUAAAGCUUCUUGACUUCUAUGAAUGCCAGAAUUAACUUAUUCAAGAAACCAAGCCUGUUUCUGCCACUUUGUGCUUCACACUCCACUGGCCAGAAUACUACAGAGUGACUUUGAUUCAUUUCUUUUCAAUUUAAUUCAGUGUAUUUAAAUUGAAUUUGUUUUGUGAGACUAAAACUAAGGGAAAUGUUUUAUUUAUUACUCAUUUCUGUUCCGUCUGUAUUGGGAUUUUGAGAUUAUAGGAGCGACCUUGUGUUAUCUGCUGUCCACUACUCUCAUCUCUAGGGAUCUCUUUGGGUUUUUGCAGGUACAGAAUGUUUCAGGCUUUCUCAUUGUUGGAGUGGAGUUGUUUAUUUUACAUAUAAAGUUAAUCUAUUUAUUACAAUACAUUAUCACUAAAUUCACAGUGUGUAAUCAUCUAAUAGAAAUGCAAUUAAAUGUAAGAUAAAUACACUUUUCAAGCUCAAAACUCACAACAUGCGAAACCUCCUUUUUUGGAUUAUUGUCACGUCACAAGACCAUAUUAAAGAUGUCAUUUUAUUUUAAGUCUAUGUAAUCCUGGUAUUUGUCUGUGUCCCAGGAGAUGGACCCCAAAUUGAGGCUUGGUCCUUUAUCUGUUGUUAUCAUGCAGCACUGACGAGGCUCCUCCAUGAUUUGUUCAAUCUUCUGGGUUUUCCUCAAGCUCUCUAAUGGGAUGUGCAGCAAUUUUCUGCACAAGGAUUUAUUA